GAAAUAAAAAACAAUCUCUGGUAUUUGUAUUCUAAACACAAUUCUACGACAUUCCUAGUUCUCAAGUUGCAUUAAAGAGUAAAGAGUACGUAGGACAUCGUAAAGGUGCCGUGUUAAAAUAUACCACUAUUUUAUAUACUCGUAUUGUACUGAGAAGCAGGACAUGUGGGACCUAGAAAGAAGAAACUGUAACACAUUCUAAGAAACAUGGAUAUAGUAUCAGCUUUACCCGAUUAAUUAAUAAAUGCAUUUGUACCGGAAUGUCCCAUUACUUUCAUCAAAAUAAACAAAAUUGUUAAGAAAGCUUUCUGCAGUCGUCAACGUAAACGGAGGAUUUGAGAGCGACACAAAGGCCGAAUAGAACAAGGUUAUUUGCGAGGAACGUUUACAAGACUAAUGUCCCAGGUCGACGUGUUAACAUUGAAUAUUGCGGACGACGUCUUGAAGGAAUAUUCACUUCACUUUGUCGAGUUGCACGGCAUGCACAUUCGACUUCAGGCUCUGGUGCUACUGCUGACUAUUUUGUUCUGUAAAGGUGUAAAACAGGAGAAAAGACACAAAACCUUUCUAAGACAGAGACACAUGACCAAAAUGAAUGAAAGGCUGUCUCUACAGGAUACGCCAAAACACCGACACCAUUCUCAUAAUAUAGACAUGGACAUAAACACUGAUACCUCACCUAUAGAUGUCACCCAUAACAAACGUGAUACAAGCAGACGACAAAAUCAAAACACUCCCCAAAAAAGUAACUUAAAGAGGAAGACUAGUCGACUGCUGAAAUUCCUGGAACCCCAUUCUGUUCCAAUAGGCAUUAGAGAAAGCUACGAAUGGACACAGAUGGAUGAGGUUGUGAUAGAGCAGAAGAAAACAUUCCACACAUACUGUACAUAAGUCCGAUAUGGACUCUGUUCCAUGUAUGAGACAAUUUAAUACAGUAGUUGAACCUGAAAAGCCAACACAGAGUACAUUCAUUUUGAUAUCUGUAAUGUUUAUGAUAUCAGAGUGCAUAUCUAAUUAACUGAGCCUAACAUACCCCAACACCUUUGAGGUGUGUCAGUUUCAGCUAAUUAAAGAGUAUGGGAAACUGUGCUUAACCAUAGGACCUUAUAUUAUGUCCAUGACUGAAUUCAUGGGCUGAAGACAAAACAAUGUUAUAUGUAAGCUGCAUAGCGACGUAUUUUACAUUUGGUGCAUUUGUUUGUAUAGACUUACUAUAUUUUUCUAUUAAUUAUAUUCCAGUGUCAUUGUCACUGUAAUUCACUUGUCUGUGAUAGUGAUGUCAGCUUUAUGAACUCAUCUAUGAUAUUGUAAAAAUUCUGUGUUAUUGGAUUUAAAGUAUUGGCCACUAAGUCAGUUGUGAUGAGUCAAUGGAUUAAUUGGAUGGGAUUAUUUGUAGUGAUUGGUAGAAUACUGUAAAUCAACUGUGUGAGUAUUUCAGGUUGAGCCAAUAAAGGUAACCCAAACAAAUACAUGUUAAUAACUCAUUGAUUGUGGGUUUAAAAUCAUAUUUGGCACUAUUAAAACAUUUUUCA